GGCUCAGGUUGAGGAAUGGCUCAGCUGGGAUCGGCUCAGACUCAGAGCACUAAUGGAGUGGCGGAUGAGUCUCCCAACAUGCUGGUGUACAGGAAAAUGGAAGAUGUCAUCGCUCGCAUGCAGGACGAAAAGAACGGGAUUCCCAUCCGGACCGUCAAGAGCUUUUUGUCCAAGAUCCCCAGUGUGUUUUCAGGCUCUGAGAUCGUCCAGUGGAUGCAGAAGAACCUGAGCAUUGAGGAUCCAGUGGAGGCUCUUCAUCUGGGAACACUGAUGGCCGCUCACGGUUAUUUCUUCCCCAUAUCGGAUCACGUCCUCAUCCUGAAGGACGACGGGACCUUCUACCGGUUUCAGACGCCGUACUUCUGGCCAUCAAACUGCUGGGAGCCGGAGAACACUGACUAUGCCGUUUACCUCUGUAAGCGAACGAUGCAGAAUAAAGCUCGUCUGGAGUUGGCCGAUUAUGAAGCUGAGAGUUUGGCGAGACUACAGAGAGCUUUUGCACGUAAAUGGGAGUUUAUAUUUAUGCAAGCAGAAGCACAAGCGAAAGUGGACAAGAAACGGGACAAAAUCGAGCGUAAGAUCCUGGACAGUCAGGAGCGGGCGUUCUGGGACGUGCACAGGCCGGUGCCUGGCUGUGUGAACACAACUGAAGCCGACAUAAAGAAAUCCUCACGGAUGAAGCAGCCGCACAAAACACGGAAGUCAGUUUACGGUUUACAGAACGACAUCCGGAGCCUCAGUCCGACUCACACACCAAUACCAGAGGUGAAGGAGCCCACAGAGGACGAGCUGCGGAACCAGAUUCAGCACUGGCACACACAGCUGGACCGACAUCGGUUAAAAAUGUCCAAAGUUGCAGAGAGUUUGCUGGGUUACUCAGAACAGUAUGUGGAGUACGACCCGUUCUUCACGACACCGGACCCGUCCAACCCCUGGAUCUCUGAUGACAUCACUUCCUGGGAGCUGGAGGCCAGUAAAGAGCCUGGGCAGCAGCGGGUGAAGCGCUGGGGAUUCGGGUUCAACGAGGUUCUGAAGGAUCCAGUCGGGAGAGAACAGUUCCUGAAGUUCCUGGAGUCUGAGUUCAGCUCGGAGAACCUGAGGUUCUGGCUGUCGGUCCAGGAGCUGAAGAAGCGGCCCAUCCGGGAGGUUCCCAGCAGAGUUCAGGAGAUCUGGGAAGAGUUCCUCGCUCCGGGAGCGCCCAGUGCCAUCAACGUCGACUCCAAGAGCUACGACAAGACCACGCAGAACGUCAAAGACCCCGGCCGAUACGCUUUCGAAGACGCUCAGGAGCACAUCUAUAAGCUCAUGAAGAGUGACUCCUACAGCCGCUUCAUCAGAUCGAGUGCCUAUCAGGAGAUGCUGCAGGCCAAGAAAAAGAAAAGCAAGAAUCUUUUCUAGGAUCUGAAUCCCAGCCGUCCCCGAUCGAGGCGCUGUAUAAUCACUCACUUCUGCUGAGGAUUAUGGGGAUUAUCUGUACAUUACUGUAUCUACGGCUCGUCA